AUGGAAAUACAAAGAUGGUUUGAAAUUUAAGAAUUUAAUCAUCCUUUAUAGGUUCUAUAUAAUAUAUGAUAUAAAUUUUAAGGUGAUUCUAUUCAUAAUUUAUUGGAAAUGUUCUAGAAAUGUCUUUAAAAACAAUUUCUUUGGUUUUUGUAGUCCUUAGGGAAACAACUAAGUUUCUAGAAAAUAUAUUAAAUCUAGAAGUAGGAAUGA